AUGUCCGAAGCACAAGAACCCCCAUCCACCCUCCACCAUCGCACCCAGCCAGUACCCGUCAUCCAUCUGGCCGGCUCAUCUGCAUCUUCUGCCUCCGAUGACGAGGAUAACCAGUCCUCCCUCCCGAUCUUCGAACUUCCACAAUUCACCAUUAAAGAACUGCUCUCUGCCAUCCCCGCCCACUGCUUCCAGCGAUCGGCACUCAGAUCGGGCGUCUAUCUGCUCUGGGACAUCUUCCUGGCCUCAUCCUUCAUCUAUCUGGCCCGGUUCAUCGACCCCUUCUUCGACUCGCUAACCACUUCCAAUCCAAGCCUCGUCACCCUCGGCCGCAUCGCCGCUUGGGCAUUCUACGGCUAUGCCAGCGGAUUGGUAUGGACUGGCGUUUGGGUCCUCGCCCAUGAAUGCGGUCAUCAGGCAUUCUCGAGCUCAAAGACCAUCAACAACACCGUCGGCUUCAUCUUUCACUCCCUCCUCCUGGUCCCCUACCAUUCCUGGAGGAUCAGCCAUGCCCAACACCACGCCGCAACCUGUCAUAUGAGCCGAGACCAGGUGUUCGUGCCAAAGACUCGUUCCCAACGUGGCGCACCACCUCUGCCCUCAAACGCAUCCAAGCGCGAACGAGAGGGUACUUUACCACCCUCACUUUAUGAAACUAUGGACGAUCUCUUGGAAGAUGCUCCCUUGUGGAACUUGUUCAACCUAUUCCUUCAACAACUCUUUGGCUGGCCCAUGUACAUCCUCAGCAAUGCCUCCGGCCAAGCCCGCUACCCAUCCUGGACCAACCAUUUCAAUCCUAACUCGAUCAUCUAUGAUGCCCGACACCGCUCCCAAAUCUUGAAGUCCGACUUGGGUAUCGGGCUCACGCUCGCUGGUCUCACCAUCCUGGGAUACAAGACUGACUUCCUGACCGUUUUCAAGUACUACAUCGUACCCUACUUCAACGUCAACCACUGGCUUGUCAUGAUCACCUUCCUUCAACACAACGACCCUAUGCUUCCACACUACCGAGAGGGGGCGUUUAACUUCCAACGAGGCGCUCUCUGCACCAUCGACCGCAACAUCCACGGCUUCUUCUUCCACGGGAUCGCCGAGACCCAUGUAGCCCACCACAUCUGCUCGAAAAUCCCCCACUACCACGCCUGGGAUGCCACUGAGGCUAUCAAGGCCAAGCUGGGCGCCCAUUACCGCAAGUCGGACGAGAACGCCUGGGUGAGCUUGUGGAAGGUUUACAACCAAUGUCGAUUCGUUGAAGAUGAAGGCGACGUGGUGUUCUGGAAGAACGCGAAAGGCCAGGCGGCUUGUCGCUUGGCCAGUCCUGGCUCAAAGGGCUCGGUGUCCGACUCGGGAGUCGAAGUCAACGACGUCUCAGCUUCCUGA